AUGUUGAAACCGUUUCAGAUAAGGGAUCUUCAUCGAUCUUCAUCCCAAGACAAUCUCGCUGCAUCUCAAAAUCUUGAUCAUGCCGUGGUAGAAGACCGCAGUACCCUUCAGAGUCACCACCAGGGCAUUGUCCGGUUAUCUGCUACAGAGUAUGAUGAGAUAACAACGAAUCAUCCUAGAGCCCGGCUUACAUACGUCGAUGAUGAUGACGACGAGCUCAUCACGGUGGGGUCAUCUCUCGAGCUUUCCCAGCGUUUAGAAGAACCCAUUGAUACUUCCGCCAUUCCACAACCGACGCUAGAUUCUAUCGCCCCUGAGCCGAUGCAUAUAUUCGACAUUCGACGGUCUAACUCAGUGAAGAACCUAUGGAAGAAGUUUGAAUAUAAGCCCCACUUAGAAGACCAUCAGGGUAGGAAUGAGAUCGGCACGGUGCCUGCAGCCGCGGAUACUUCUCAAUCCAAUAAUUCACAAGAGGAGCCCGACCCCAGUUGCGAGAAUCCCGGCCCCGCUACUACCGAUGUUCCAGAACCGCUCUUGGCCGCAUUUGAGGCUGAGAUGGCCAGGAUUUUGAAUACCACUGGCACCGUGCGUGACGGUAACGCUCAACCAGAUCCUCCGGUUGAGACGCCAGCAAGAGCAGAAUCCAAUGACCGACGUCAGCAUCCGAGCGAUGCCUUUAUACAUGCUCUACAUAACCUGGUCGAGGGUGCCGAAAUGAUUGGUGCUGGUGUGAGAUCUAGGCUGCCUGAAUUCGAGCGGCAGUUACAAAAUGUCCAACGCACUCUUCCAGAACACGUUGAGUCUUCGGUGCAAGUAGCCCUUGCAGCUCUGGAUAGUCAGGCGAGGAACCUGAUCCAAGCACUCAAUAACGCGUCAGUUAUAGGAGGACAAAGAGCAGGGAAUCUUUUCCACACUGAACUUCCUACCCCAGCCGCAACUAUAGAGGGUCUUCGUAAUAUGGCAUCUGAACUUGGCCACAUGGGAAACACGUUGUUUGAGGCCUUCGAAUCUGAGUUUAGAUGCAAUGUCUCAAGAAGCCAAGAUCAGGGAGCCCCUGGAAAUUCACAGCCAACCGAGCUCACCGCUGGCGCCCAGCCUGAUAUCUCGGCAACAUUACCAGAAGCUCAGCAAUCCACUCCAGCCGCAAACUGCGAGAACGAGAAAGAACCUUUGGGCAUCGAGACACGAACUACUCCAUCGACGCAGGUUGGAUCACCGGAAAGCUCAGUACUACCCACGAAUCGCAACGCUGAUCCUUCGAUGGCGUCACAUCAACAGCCGGGGUCUUCGUCGCCGACAUUACCACCAAGCCCAGAGAUCCACACGCAGUUUCCUAGUUUAUGGAACAGACCACAACCCCUUCCUCACAGACCUCAUCUCUCAUCCCGCAAUGUCCGACCUUCGUUCGCCACGCCAAACAUGUGCUAUCCUCCUCCGCCAUUCCCUGUACCUCCUCAUUUACCUCCCGUGUUCUGGCCACACCAUGGACCCCCUCCGCCUCAUGGACAUCCUCACGGACCUCCUCCUCCUCCCCCACCACAUGGCUUCCUUCCCCAUCCUCCUCACCCACAUGCUCACGCUCAUGGGCCUCCUCGUGCUCCACACCACGGGCCAUUCUAUCCCCCGACUAGUGCCCUGCCUGUACCUCCGCGACCACCUCGCCACCGGCAUAGAGACUGGCCUGCGUCCCACCAUAGGCAGAAUGAGAAUGGAGCACCGGCACCUGAGACAAUUCGCCAUUCUGAACACGACUUACCCUCCACGGCUAGCUUUGCCGGAACAUCGCUUUUCAUUGGCAAUGUGGGAUUCGGUGUUCACGAAGCAAUGAUCCGCGAUGUUUUCGCUUCCAAGGGAUUUUUAGUCGAUGUACAUUUGCCGCUAGAUGCAGAGACAGGAAGACACGCAGGCUUUGGCUACCUGCGCUUCCCUUCCAUCCACGCAGCAAAAGCGGCAUUGGACGCAUUGCAAGGUGCUCAUAUAGAUGGACACUCUAUCAAUCUGGAGAUCAGUGAUCACCCUCCAAUCACCACACUGGACACAUCACAGGGCCGCGAAGAACAUUCCAAUCAGCCGCCAGCGCCAUCGGAGCUUCAGUCUUCCUCUAUUGCCCCAACUAGAGUGAGGCAGGCGUCUGAACCGCAAACUCAUGGAGAAAAUGGUUCAUCCCACAAGCAGAGAUCGGCGCCCUUGGCUGUAGCGGACCUCUGCUCGAGCAAUAUCCGCCAAUCUAGGACGCCGUCUAGCGAAACCAGUUUGGUUGGCUCCUCACUUUUGGACUCGGAACGACUCAAUACUCUAUAUCCCUCGCUCUUGCCUGAAGGUUCUCCUCAACAACCUAUGGUAAGCAACAACACAUCUACGCAGCUCCCAGAUCUCAGUCGUGAGCCGGAAGAACGCCGUUUCCCACCAGUGUCACAGUUGGACGCACACUUUCUAGCUGAACGACGUGGCGGGGCAGAAUCGUCUAGUGAAGCUUCCACUUCCGGAAAUAGAUCGACUCUCCGGAGGAGUGUCGGGGGCGACAGCCAUGACAGUUUGUAUAAGCUGACACCACAAAACCUCCCCGGUGCAUUUCCCCAGGACCCUCAGGAUAGUUACCAGCCACGCCCUUCGUCGCUGGAAACCGAUGCUACGCAGCAGCAAAACAACAACGAUCGUAUGUCUGCCUCAUGCUACCGCCGUCGCCCCAGGACUGUGAGGUCUUUCCAUCCGUCUCGAAGACAUUCGGGUCCGUGGGAUACCCUACGGGCUGAGGAGUCUCAUGAUAAUACCAGGCCCCUGAGGCGACGGGCUACUGAACGUCAUUCCCUCCGGGAUGAUAGGGAGAUGGGUUCGACGAACACCUUCAACCGGCGAUCAUACCGCAGUGAUGCCAUGCCCCGCCCAAGCACAUCUACGGCUGAGAAUGGUGCUGGAAGACAACGCAGCAUCGAUGACUGUGUGUCUGCACUGGCUAGCUUGGGCUAUGGAGGCGCCGAGGAAGGUGGACUUCAGAGGAUCGCUGUGUAUGCGGCAGCAGUGGAUGGCAGGGUAUCAGAUGCUAUUGAGAUGAUUGAGGAAGAGCGGAAGGCUUACGAGCAAAAAGGAUCAAUGAGGGUUGAGUCUGCCGCUACCCGUGUGCCCAUAUUCCUGCUUCUUGUUUAG